AUGUACCGUCCGGACGCCUACAAAUGUUCUAUACGCAAUGAAUUUAUUUUAUCAGAACAUGAAAUGUUUUUAAAAAUUGACCAACAACAUAUAAAUGUUAAUGAUUUGUUAGAGUCAUUCCGUUCAGUUGUGAUUUACUUGCUCAUCAACGCCAAUUUAAUUCAGGCUUUAUCACGGAUCAUACUGCAAGAUCCAGAUCAUCCAGUGGCACUUCGAGCAACACUUUUGUUUCACGAUCUUUUACUUGCAAGUUCGACUUGUCUACCAAUGGAAUGGAGGCUGCGAGUUCUAAGUUUGCCAACACUUGUUCAUGGUGCUUGUCAAAUAUUCAGCGAAUCGCAUAUUUUAAAAAAGGGUUUCUUAGAUGACAAUGAUUAUAAAAUGGACAAAGUCUUUCUAACAUAUGCUGACCAAAGGAAUGUUAUUGUUCUGCUGAAUCGUUUGGAUGUCUUGAACAGUAUAGCAUCAGCACAGAAAGCGCAGCAACUUCCAAUUACCAAUCUCCAGCUUUUCGUACAAAGUAGCCCAACUGCGAUAAGGUUGCAUAAGUCGAAGUUGUCGAACAUGAACUAUUGUAAUGAAGAUGGAGAUACCGAAUAUAAUGAGAAAAUGUUGGAGAGAUUGCUUUUCAAAGCAAUGGAAUCUGACGGAAGGCUUUGUUGGCCUAUUGUUGACAAACUGUUCCAGCUUCUUCAGAUUUACUAUUCCAAUAAAGAUGUACCCAUCAAAUAUUCCAGAGAGUUUUACAACAUUUUUAAAAUGGUAUUCAAAUUUAUCAGUCCAGCAGAAAGCUCGUUGACUAGCUUUGAUGGCGAUCGUUUUGUUAUCAUAUGUUGUUGUCGCGGGAUACAUGUUUCACUGCUGUUUGCCGCACGAGAAGCACAAUAUAAAAAACUAUUAGCAGAUUUUAUUAAUGACUUUAUAGCGAGUAUAUCAUCGGAUGCAUUGUUGAAUGGACCACUAUCUCCUAAGAAUCUAUUCUUGGAUACUGGUACGAUAUAUUAUUUUGCAUUCAUUGGUGCUAUAUCUUCAAUCGAAGAAGGAAGACAGAUGCUGGAAGCGACGCCAUUGCUACAAUUUAUAGCACCAUUAAUUUACCGUUUCACACUUUUGUCACCAGCAGCUCAUUUAAAUGUUAUCAGAUGUAACGUUACACUAUAUUUCACUCUUGAAGUUAGUUAUUACGAUGUGCAUUCCUUAGGUAACUUUCGUUCAUGA